AUGUCUUCCCCCUCAGGCUCCUCAGCAGCAGGCAAGCGGAAACGCACGACCGCGACAACGAACCCUACAAGCAUGCCAGACGCCGACACUGCCGACGCCGGCCUCCAAGCCUCCUCGCGCGAUGCCUCGGGUGAGGAGGGCGACAGCACCGCCCCGGAAUCCGGCCGCCUCGCCGGUCACCGCAAGUCCGACUCCACCUCUGCCAGCCAUGCGCCUAAGCGGCAGCGUGCCAACUCGGACCGUUCCUACGAGACGAAUAACAACACGCAGACCGCUACUGGUGCUGCGGCAGCGUCGGCGGCGCAAGACCAUUCUCUCGACCCUGGUGAACCCAGCGACACCACUGAGGCGAGCGUCGACAUCGCCGAGCGCGUUGGCCGCAAGAACAGCCGCAAGCAGGUCUCGAUAAAGGAGGGCGAGGAUAGAGACGAGGCCAUGCCGCCCCCGCCCACGGGCAAGCUCACGCACCCUGUCGGCUUCAGGACUAACGACCCUCCUGCUGGCCGGCCCGUCAGGGUAUACGCCGACGGAGUCUUCGAUCUCUUCCAUCUUGGUCACAUGCGCCAGCUCGAGCAGGCAAAGAAGGCCUUCCCCGACGUCUACCUUAUUGUCGGUGUCACUGGCGAUGCCGAGACGCACAAGCGCAAGGGUCUGACGGUCCUCUCGGGCGCCGAGCGGGCCGAGACGGUCCGCCACUGCAAGUGGGUGGACGAGGUCAUUGAGAACUGCCCGUGGAUCGUCACCCCUGAGUUCCUCGACCAGCACAAGAUUGACUACGUCGCCCACGAUGACCUGCCCUAUGGCGCCGACGAGGGCGACGACAUCUACCGCCCCAUCAAGGAGGCUGGCAAGUUCCUCGUCACCCAGCGCACCGAGGGCGUUAGCACGACGGGCAUCAUUACCAAGAUCGUACGCGACUACGAAAAGUACAUCGCCCGGCAGUUCAAGCGUGGCACCUCGCGCCAGGAGCUGAACGUCAGCUGGAUCAAGAAGAACGAGCUCGACCUCAAACGCCACGUCCAGGAGCUGCGCGAUAACAUUCGCACGAACUGGUCCACCACCGGUCAGGAGCUCUCCCGCGAGCUGCGUCAGUUCUGGCCCGCCUCGCGCCCGCAGUCCCCGGCCCCGGCCGCCCGCACCACGUACAUCCAGAACGGCGACCUCCUCGCCGCUGCGAACGCCAACGCGAGCAAGUCUCGUCUCAGCGUCGAGAUCCCCACCACCCCCGGCGGCACGCCCGCCGCCACCCAGUCAAACGACUUCAUCACUGGUUACGCCCUGGGUCUUGUCGGUGGUGUCCGUUCAUGGAUGACCAAGAGCAAGCGAAGCGACCAGGACAGCCCAAGCCGUCGCAACAGUGACGACGACUCCGAGAGCGACGGCAAGAGCCCCCGCGGCCGUGUCGUCCCGCAACAGUCCACUGCCGCCACGGCGAGCGCCUCAUAA